AUGGUACAACUCGCGAUAACACCUUCCAUCGCCGAAGGCCUGCAGAAGUUGGCUGAGGUGAGAUCGAGCCGGGACAAGUCGGACGCAUCCAAGACAGACACAGCAACGCACCAGGCAUCGACGUCAGAUGCAUCGGCCCUUCCCGCAGCGACAGUUGAGGCAGAAGAGCGGACUCCCGAGAAGCUUGCUCUUGGGAACCCCAUCACGCAUGGCGAAAUACUCGAUCUAUGGAAAGACCUGAAGAGCGAGGGCAUUGACGGAUUCAGCUUGGAAGGGCUGCUCCGAGGCGCUAGGGUGUACAUUCCUCCGCCGCCUCCAAAACCAGAGCCUUCCGCCGAGUAUAAGGCCUUGAUGGCUCGCCUGCGACGCGAAGAAGAGGAGCGCACAUACCAGCGCAUGAUGAAGCAGCCCUCUCGAAUGGAAACCUUUUCUCAACAAUUCCCCAACGCCGCGACGAGGGCUCACGCCUUUGCCGAAGUGAACCGACCCAUGCGCGAAUCGGACAACGGUGAUGACGAGGUGACGCUUGGCGAUGUGCAGAAGCAGAUGAUGGUCAUUCUCAACUUCCUCAUCAGCGUCAUCGGCGUCGCCGCGACGAUAUGGAUUGCGGCGCGCUGGUGGAGCAUCACUGCGCGCAUCUUCCUGACCCUCGCUGGCUCCAUCCUUGUCCUCGUUGCAGAGGUCGCCGUGUAUUCGGGAUACGUGUGGAGGAUGACGGAGGCCAAGGCAAAUCGUAAUGAACCAGAAGAGAUCAAGGAAGUGAUGCAGACGUGGGUGCUGGGCGAGGACGGCAACGGCGACAAAUCGGGAGAGAACAAGACAAUGCUCCUCGAUACGAAGACGCCGGAUACAGACGAAGGGAUACGACGACGAUUGAAGGGUCUAUCAUAG